UGCGUCCCGUAAGCGAAGGUGACAGGGGCUGGUAAACAUGGCCUCUGCUUAUCUUACCCACCAGCAGAAAGUGUUGAGGCUGUACAAGAAAUCACUUAGACAUCUUUUAUCAUGGGUCGUUCAUAGAGACGUGUACCGGUUUGAAGCCUGCCUCUUGCGGGCUCGUUUUGACGAGAACAAGGACGAGAAGGAUAUGGUGAAGGCCACGUUGAUGCUGAAAGCAGGAGAGGAGGAGUUCUGGAUCAACCAGCAUCCUCAGCCCUACAUCUUCCCCGACUCCCCUGAAGGCACCUCCCAUGAAAGAAAUGAUUGCUACAAGCUCCCAGAGUGGGUGCUGGACUACUGGCACCCCUCGGAAAAGGCCAUGUAUCCUGAUUACUUCGCUAACAGGGAGAAGUGGAAGAAACUGAGGCAGCAGAGCUGGGAUAGGGAGGUUGCUCAGCUGGAGGCCGAGACUCCACCUGGAGGCCCCAGGACCGAAGCCCUCCCUCCUGCUCGCAAGGAGGGCGACCUCCCCCCUCUGUGGUGGGACUUCGUCACCCGCCCCAGGGAGCAACCGUGAAAAACGGCUCCUCUCCCCGGGGAUCUGUCAGGCUCGCUCUGAGGGGAAAAAUGACCCGAAGCACGCGACAUCACCAUCACCUGGCUGAUCUCUCUGUCUGUGUUGAGUCGUAUCUAAAGGAGUUCACCUGUGCAGGUGGAAGAUGGUUAACAGUAAUCCUGAUUUCCUUACAGAUUUAAGUCGUUGAUGGCACAGAAACUCUGUAGAUCUCCAGCUUAUUACAUGUAAUUGUUCUAAUAAAUAUAUUUAUAAUCA